AGUGUUGUUGAGGUGGUGAAUUUAUGUUGGCCUCUUUUUCAUGUUUCUUUAAUUAAAACAACUUAAUUUUACCUCCAAUUUUGUUUCCUUUUUUUCUACUAGUUAAUUGUUUUCUUCUUUAUUUGUUUUCAAUUGUUUACUAAUUUGGUAAUUUAAAAGUGUCACUGGAAAAUAAGGCAGAAAACUGACAGUAAAUGAUUUAUCAAAUCUUUUUAACCUUCACAUUGAAGUGAUGUUUUCUAUGCUUCUUCAUCUAUCAUUUUAAUUUUUUGUUUCUCUUUUUUUUUCAAUUUCUCUUUAAAAUCUCUGUCUCUCUCUCCUUUGCUAAUUUUUUACUCUUUUCUAUUUACAAUUUUCUCUGUGUUUAUGUGUAUGUUCCCCAGUGUUUUCUACGGUUUCAAUUAAUAUAUUAACCAAUUGAAUACAAUAAUUCUAUCGUAAUCAUCAUCUCUCUUCUCUUUUUUUUUCUCUUCUUCUUCUGGUGUUUUUACAUGUAACCUCCUUGUUGUUAUUGUUCUUUUCUUUUCUUUUUCUUCACCUUCUUCAUCUUCAUCUUGUUGAAUAAUUUAUUCUUUAAAUUCUCUAGAGAACAAAUCAAUUAUCAGUAUUCUACCAAAAUCUACUGAUAUUAAUUCUCGUGAUUUCAAGAGUUAAUCAAACAUUCUAAGUGAUCCAAUUUAUCCAGCAUAUUAAGAGAGAUAGAGAAAGAGAGGAAAAAAAAGGAAACGAUUACGUUUUAAUGGUGAAUUCCGUUUAUAGUAUGGUCAAAGUCUCAACCUUUUUUUCAAUAGCUGAUGAUUAGAUUGAUUUGAUUAUGUAUUAUCCCGUUGGCUGGCCAAAAAAUAUCGCCCUUGAUUUUAAACGACGUUACCUUAAAGAUGGAUUAUCUGAAGAUAUACCUAAAGAUCAUAUUCUGGAAAUAUCUUCAAAUAAUGAAAGAAAUUUAAUCCUCAUUCUUACCAAUACAAGUCUUAGGGUUUGGUUUUGUAAGCCUUCAGUUGAGAUUGUUUUCCAUACUCGUAAUGACAAUUCAAUCAACACUUUUGGUUAUAAUUUAAGUGCCGAUUGGAGACCAGAUUCGAGUACAAUUGUGGUACAAACAACCGAAGAUUAUCUUCUCUUUUACAAGUGUGGCCUCAAAGAUCCAAAUGAAGAGCUAUUUCGUCAAGAAGAUUCCAGUGUUAAUGGUUUCCGACGAGAAUCAGCUGAACUAUUUAUCCAAGAAAAGAUUCCCUCGUUAUUCUUGGUAUUCACAAUAUCCAUCAAAAUACAUCCCGGUAUUUCUAGAAUCAUGUCCGCCGAGGAAGAGGUUAUCGUUUGUACAAAAACAUCGGAAGUUUUUGGUGUCAACUGGGACGGUUCAAUGGAUUAUGAUUUUAAUUUUAAAAUUAGUGAUAUCCUGCCAUUUGUAACAACCGAAACAGAUCAUACAAUUGGUGAUAUUAAAUAUUCCUCCAUGAUUGGUGGCUUCUCAAUAGUAUUUACCAAUGGUCAUGGUGGAUUUUUACCUCUAAUGGCUCAAGCUGAAUCAGAACAAGAUCUAUCCGCUGAACCUAAAUAUCGACCUUCACGUCUUCGUUUUGUACCUGAUGUAGAUAAUUUUGUUUGUACAGCUAUAAACCAUAAAUAUCAAUUAUUAGCUUUUGGACUUCGAAACUCUGAAGGUCUUCUUUGUUGCAUCGAUGAAGUUAAUGCAUCUGUUAUCAUAAGCCAUCGACUUAUACUUUCACCAAGUUCCUUUCCCAAUGCAUCAUCAACUGCCGGUCCAAUGAAUUGUGUCCAAUGGUCACCUGAUUCUAAUGUUAUUGCUACUUCAUGGGAACGGGGAGGUUUUGCUCUUUGGAGUGUUUUCGGUGCUCUUUUAGCUUGUUCAUUAUCUUGGGAUUAUGGGAUUGUUGAUAAUUGCCGAUCAAAUUUCAGUGCUUUCUCCCAUCUUGCAUGGGGCAGAGAGGGUUACCAACUAUGGAUGGCGGUUAAAAAGUCAACCAGUGACUUUUUUGAUUCAGUUCAUCAACUUACCCUUGCUAAAAGUGUCCUAGCUUGUAAUCCAUCCGUAAUGGGAUCACCAGGUGAAGAUGUACUACUUAUCACUGAAGAUCGUAUUUAUCUUGGCGUUGGUGCUGCAUCAGUAUCACCUGAGAUUCAAAGUAAUGGUAUUUCAAGUAAAGAAAAGCACCGAGCCGGUGGAAAAGGAAACGGAGAUAAUAAUGACCAUAAUAUGGAUAAUCUUCCUUCAACUAAUGCAGAUUCUGAUGUUUCCUGGGAACGUCAACCUCUUGAAAUUGGUAACUAUCAAUGGAUCAUCAUUCAAAUGCCCAGUUCAUAUUUAGCAAAUAAUUGGCCUAUUCGAUUAGCAGCAAUAGAUAGUAAAGGUAAUUCAAUUGCCGUUGCGGGUUCAAGGGGUUUCGCUCAUUACAGUCUUGUCACUCGAAAGUGGAAAUUGUUUGGUAAUGAAACCCAAGAGAAAGACUUUGAAGUGAGAGGAGGUUUACUUUGGUGGAAUGAUCAUAUUAUCAUGUCUUGUUACAAUUUGGAAGAUGGAAAUUAUGAGAUUCGAGCUUAUCCACAGAAGAUGAAAUUGGAUAAUCAAUUUUUAAAAUUAAUCAAAGUGCCAGCAGAAGUACAUCUAAUGUCAAUAUUAGAUAAUCUAAUGCUUACUUUACUUUUAGAUGGGUCAAUUCAUUUGUUCAAUUUUGAUAUUGCUCAUGUCAAUUCAUCGUUAAUCCAAUCUCAAAAUUAUAAUCAUGGAACAAAUUUAUCUCGAAUACGUUUCGUUAAUGAAAUAAUUAUCGAUACAUUAAAUGUUCCACCACAAUGUUUUACCUCAAUCGUAUUGUCCACCAUUCACAAUGAGCCCUUAAUUAAAUCAGCUGAUCCAUCGAUUUUAUUAAAUAUCUGUGGACGUUUGUUUCUAUUGGAAAAGAAAAAAGGUUCAACUGCAAGUGGUGUCGGCGGUGAUAAUAGUUUAAAUGGCGGUUCAAGUGAUAACCAUAACUCAGAAUCUAAUUCAAUCUCUGGUAGUGUCAAUAAUAUGUUACCCAAUGGUCAAGGUUCAAUAUCUUCAAAUUAUAUUAGUUAUAAUAAUAAUAGUUACACUGAUAAUCCAAAUGGUAUUGAUCAUGGAAACGAGGAAACAACUGAUGGAUCACCUUUAACUUACAGAAUUGUUUCCAAACUUGCCUCUGGAGUUGAAAACAUUUGGAUCUCACGACCAGCUAAUUUAAUUUGUUCACCAGCUCAACAAUCAACUAACGUGAUAACCCAAAGUAUAAGUUCUAGCAGCAGUAGAUUAAGUCAGAGUAAUAGUAGUCUUAAUUCAAGUGCAAGCAGUAAAAGUGAAACUCAUGAAUCAUCUCGAUUCUCGUCCAACAUUUCCAGUUCUAGUUCUGCUUCGAUGAUCAAUGAUCGUCCACAUUUGACCAAUGCCCUUUGGCUAUCAUGUGGCUCCAAUGGUAUGGGAGUUUGGCUUCCACUUUUACCUUCAGCGGAUGAGAAAACUUUCCCAGCAUCAAGAGCUCAUAAUUUCAUGUCCAAACGCAUAAUGUUACCAAUAAACACUCACAUUUAUCCUUUAGCUGUUUUAUUUAGAGAUGCUGUUGUCCUUGGUGCUGAGAACGAUACCAUUUUCGUUGGACGAAGUUGCCCAAUUAACCUUCCCUUCUGUGUUAUAUCCCGAACAAGCCAAGUUUAUAUUCAUCAUAUACUACGAGGUCUUCUCAGACAAAAUCUCGGAAUCCAAGCCUGGGAAAUUGCCAAUUCUUGCUCAAAUCUUCCAUAUUUUCCCCAUUCCCUUGAGUUACUUUUACACGAGGUUCUUGAAGAGGAGGCAACAUCAUCCAAACCCAUUCCUGAUGCACUAUUACCUCGAGUUAUUGACUUUAUCCGUGAAUUUCCAUUCUUUUUGGAAACUGUUGUUCAUUGUGCUCGAAAGACUGAAUUAGCUCUUUGGCCUCAUCUUUUCACCGUUUUUGGUAAUCCUAAAGAUCUAUUUCAAAAAUGUUUAGAUGAAGAUCGCUUGGAAACUGCUGCUUCUUUUAUCAUAAUUUUACAAAAUUUGGAAAAAUCAUCAGUCUGUCGUCAAUAUGCGACCAAAUUAUUGGAAAAUGUCAAAAAUAAUCAUCGCUGGUCUUUAGCUAAAGAUUUGGUUCGUUUUCUUGCCGCCAUCGAUUCAUCUGACACCUGAUUAAUUCAAUUCUCAAUUGAACUACUUAUUUGACAGUUAAUUGUUUUUUUACAAAAUGUCAGAUAAAACAGUGGGAGUUAAUUGUGAUGAUCAGUUAAUUGUUGAAUAGCUUUUUCUAUUUCUAUUUAAAUGAAACUGUUACUUUACUAAUUUCUUCAGUCGAUUGUGUUAACUUUAACUGUCAACAAGUAAAGUUAAUCAACUAUCAGUUUCUUGUAUAAUCAUGUUUCAAUAACAAUUAUUAAACUAUUUCUAAUUGUUUCCAUUAUAAUCACUCAAUCAAA